AUGGCCGAUUUCAGGAGAAUGACAAAUGGAGGCAGCAGCGACAGGGUGGACCAAGGUGCGACGUCUCGUGGUUCAGAAGUCAAGGAUGGCGAUUUUAAUGCGGAGACCAAGGCCGUCGAGUCAGAGAUAUCCGCACAUGAUGGAGCGGAUAAGGACACAUUUCCCACCGUCAAAGUGAUGCCCUGGGCUGGGAGCACCUAUCCGGAGCCCGAUGACACCCCCGGGAUCGAUUGCGUAGAGGGGGAGGAGCAGGAGCUGGAGGAGGAGGAGGAGGAAGAGGAGGAGGAGGAGGGGGGGGAGGAGGAGGAGCGGGGGGCGGAAAAGGUGAAGGCAAGGCGGGGCAAGCGCAAGCUCGAGGGCAAAGUGAACGCUUCCCGCCGGCGGACGCGACACAACUACGCCGGAAGACACCAGGUGGGCUGUGCGUAG